CCGGGCGAGCGCGGCGGAGCCGGUGCUGCUGCCGGGGAGGCUCCCGGUGCUCCGCAGCCGCGGCCCCGCGUCCCCACCUUCCCCUCUCCCUGCUGCUCUCAUCGCCGCCUCCCGGUGCUGCCCGGUGUCCCCCAUCCCUGCCUCCUCCCAUCCCGCCAUCCCGGCAGCCCGGCAUCCUCCGGUCCCUGCAGCGCUCCGCUGCCGAGCCCUCCUCCCAUCGCCGCGUCCCUGCCUCCCUCCAUCUUCCCAUCCCUGCAUCCUCCCAGCCCCGCCGGGCCCCCCGAGCAGCUGAGCCCCGGUCUGGGGAGCAGCGGGGGCCCCGCGGGCUCGGGACCCGCCGGGGAUGAGGCAGCGCCGGGGGGGACGCGAGCGGCGCCGCAGGUAACGCUGGAGGCAGCUCGCAGCCCCCAGCCCACCAUGCCGUCCUCCAAGAGCGAGAGCGACUUCUGGAUCGAUGGAUCCCACCGGGAGGCGGCACUGGAAGAUUUCUACAUCGUGGGCCCCGAGCUGGGACGGGGAGCCACCUCGGUGGUGUUCAGCUGCCAGGAGAAGGGCACGGGAGCUCCCUACGCUGCCAAGAUCCUGAAGAAAACGAUUGACAAAAAGAUCGUGAGGACGGAGAUCGGGGUGCUGCUGCGGCUCUCGCACCCCAACAUCAUCAAGCUGAAGGAGAUUUUCGAGACGCCCUCGGAGAUCGCGCUGGUGCUGGAGCUGGUGACGGGGGGAGAGCUCUUUGACAGGAUCGUGGAGAGGGGGUUCUACAGCGAGCGGGACGCGGCGCACGUGGUCAAGCAGAUCCUGGAGGCUGUUUCGUAUUUGCACCAGAACGGGGUCGUGCACCGGGACCUGAAGCCCGAGAACCUGCUCUACGCAGACCUGUCCCCCGAUGCCCCCCUCAAGAUCGGUGACUUCGGGCUCUCCAAGAUCGUGGAUGAGCAGGACACCAUGAAAACCGUGUGUGGGACACCGGGGUACUGCGCCCCCGAGAUCCUGCACGGGUGUCCCUAUGGACCCGAGGUGGACAUGUGGAGCGUGGGCGUCAUCACCUACAUCCUCUUCCCAGGACACAACUCCUGGAUUUUUCAGGCUGUGACGCGAUUUUGGCGCUUUCAGGUGAGAAAAUUGAUCGUUUUGGACCCGCAGAAGAGGCUGACGGUUCAGCAGGCCCUGCAGCACCCCUGGGUCACCGGCGAGGCGGCGAAGCUCGCGCACAUGGACAGCACGCAGAGGAAACUGCAGGAGUUCAACGCCAGGAGGAAGCUGAAGGCUGCCAUGAAAGCCGUGGUGGCCUCCGGCCGCUUGGGCAACCACGGCCACCACGACUGCUCCCGCAGCGGCCGCGGCCAGGCCGGACCCCGGGGCCUGGCCCGGCCUGAGGGCACCGGCGGCCCCGAGGCCAGCGCAGGCCUGAGCGCCUUCCCGAGCGACCGCCCCGCCAUGGCCCCGGGGGCCUUUCCCUGCAAAGGCAGCGAGUUGUCUUUAAGGGGUUCUUGUAAAUAA